GCAAGAUAUUCAGCUUUGUGAGUGAGAGCGCAAGGAUGAGUGUCGCGUAAACGUUGCGCAUUGGCGUGACAUUGAACGCAUUGUGUUUGAAUUCUGCCGCAACAAGGAGGAAACAUUUUUGCACCCCUUUUAUGCCCUCGUUAUCUCUUUUUAAACCCAAUGGGCUGCACGCCAGGCUUGAGUGACGAUGAAACCCAUGGACUUGAAACAUGAGGGGAGAAGAGUGGGUCGUCUUGCCCGCAUCUCGCCGGCGCUUUCACGUUUACAGGUAGUAAGUGCAUUUUUCACCGGACGCCAAACAGGAUCUGAGCAUUGAUUUUGGAUGACGUUUUAAUGGAAGACACCGCAAACCACUGACCACCUGGCUGCUGGAAGCUGAGACGCUGAUCACCGCAACAGCCGCAGGGGUGGGGACAUUCCUGCCAUCAGUGAAAAGUCUGCAACUACAGUUUCUUAGAAAGAAACUCUUGCCUCAUUUCUGCUGUCAUGGAUCUAAAAGACUAUUACCUGUUGGGUGCUCUGCUUGCCUGCAUAUGGUUAGAUCCUUCAAUAGCCCAAGAACUAAUCUACCCCAUCAGAGAGGAGCUGCAAGAAAAUGUCCUUAUUGGAAAUAUACCAAGGGACCUCAAUAUUUCCCAUACAAAUGCAGCCACUGGAGCAAGUGCUAAUCUUGUGUAUCGUCUGGUCUCUAAAGCAGGAGAUAAUCCUCUGGUCCGCGUUCUGAGCAGCACCGGCGAGAUAUUCACGACAUCAAACCGAAUUGAUAGAGAGAAGUUAUGCCCUGGUCCCUCCUUUGAGGACAGCGAGUGCUCCUUUGAAAUUGAAGUAGUCAUCCUGCCUAAUGAUUAUUUCAGACUGAUUAAAAUAAAAAUAAUUGUAAGGGACACAAAUGAUAAUGCGCCCAUGUUCCCAUCUCCUGUGAUCAACAUCUCCAUCCCAGAAAACACGCUCAUAAACAGUCGCUUUGCUAUUCCUUCGGCCACUGACCCAGACACUGGUCCAAAUAGUGUCCACAAAUAUGAGUUGAUCAAUGGGCAAAGUGCCUUCGGUUUAGACAUAGUGGAAACGCCUGAGGGUGAGAAGUGGCCGCAGCUCAUUGUGCAGCAGAAUCUGGACAGAGAGCAGAAGGAUACAUAUGUGAUGAAGAUUAAAGUGGAGGAUGGCGGCAGCCCACAAAAAUCCAGCACGGCCAUUCUCCAAGUUACUGUAACAGAUGUCAACGAUAACAGACCUGUCUUUAAGGAGAGUCAGGUAGAGGUGCAUAUUCCGGAGAAUUCCCCUAUCGGCACAUCUGUUGUGCAGCUUCAGGCCACAGAUGCAGAUGUUGGGACCAAUGCAGAGAUUCGAUAUGUAUUUGGGACUCAGGUGUCACCAGCUACAAAGAGGCUGUUUGCACUAAAUGCGACAUCUGGCUUAAUCACUGUGCAGAGGCCCCUGGACAGAGAAGAGACUGCAAUACACAAGCUCUCUGUUGUGGCUAGUGAUGGCAGCCCUAGCCCUGCCAGAGCUAUUAUUUCAAUAAAUGUGACUGAUGUUAAUGACAAUGCCCCUAAUAUAGACUUGAGAUAUAUCAUCAGUCCCAUUAAUGGCACUGUUUUUCUCUCUGAGAAGGAUCCCAUCAAUACCAAGAUUGCCCUCAUCACAGUAUCAGACAAAGACACUGACAUCAACGGCAAGGUCAUUUGUUUCAUUGAAAAGGAUGUACCCUUCCACCUCAAAGCUGUGUAUGAUAAUCAGUAUCUGUUGGAGACAUCUGCACUGCUGGACUAUGAAGGGAAAAAGGAGUAUAAUUUCAAAAUUGUGGCUUCGGAUUCUGGAAAACCAAGCUUAAAUCAGACUGCCUUAGUUAGAGUGAGGCUAGAGGAUGAGAAUGACAACCCACCUAUUUUCACUCAACCUGUCAUUGAGCUGGCUGUCAUGGAGAACAACAAACGGGACCUGUUUCUCACCACUCUCAGCGCAACAGAUGAGGACAGUGGAAAAAAUGCAGAGAUUGUUUAUCAGCUUGGACCAAAUGCAUCAUUUUUUGAUCUUGACCGUAAAACCGGGGUUUUGACUGCAUCUCGGGUUUUUGAUCGUGAGGAUCAGGACAAGUUCCUGUUCACGAUAACUGCAAGAGAUAAUGGCACUCCACCGCUGCAGACGCAAGCAGCUGUCAUGGUUACUGUGCUGGAUGAAAAUGACAACAACCCCAAGUUCACGCAUAACCACUUCCAGUUUUUUGUCUCUGAGAAUCUUCCUAAAUACAGCACUGUUGGGGUAAUAACUGUGACAGAUUCUGACGCUGGAGAAAAUGCUGCCGUUUCCCUUUCCAUUUUGAAUGACAACGAAAACUUCAUAUUAGAUGCAUUCUCUGGCGUUAUAAAGUCCAAUGUGUCCUUCGAUAGAGAGCAACAGAGUUCCUACACCUUUGAUGUGAGGGCUGUGGACAGUGGCAGGCCUCCGUGCUCAUCAGCUGCCAAGGUGACCAUCAAUGUCAUUGAUGUGAACGACAACACGCCUGUUGUCAUCUCUCCUCCCUCAAACACAUCUUUUAAACUUGUGCCUAUGUCCUCCAUCCCCGGAUCUGUGGUCGCUGAGGUGUUUGCUGUGGAUGGUGAUACAGGGAUGAACGCUGAACUGAAAUACACAAUUGUGCAUGGCAACAACAAAGGUCUGUUCAGGAUUGACCCGGUCACUGGGAAUAUCACUCUCGAAGAGAAGCCAGCAGUAAACGACAUAGGAUUACAUAGAUUAGUGGUCAACAUCAGUGAUUUAGGAUAUCCAAAGUCCCUCCAUACUCUGGUGCUGGUAUUCCUUUAUGUCAAUGAGUCUGUGGGCAACUACACUCUCAUCAAUGAUCUCAUUCGGCGUAGGAUGGAAACUCCGAUUGAGCGCAACAUUAUUGAAAGCAGUGAAACUUAUCAAAGUGGUGACUAUUUAACAAUAAUGAUAGCCUUUGUGACCGGCGCUUUAGUCGUGAUUAUUGUCAUCUUUGUGACUGUCCUGUUGCGCUGCCGACACACUUCCAGGUUCAAAGCUGCACAGAGGAAAAAACAGGGAACAGAAUGGAUGUCACCAAACACAGAGAACAAGCAAAAUAAGAAGAAAAAGCGCAAGAAAAGAAAAUCUCCAAAGAGCUCCUUGCUCAACUUUGUUACCAUUGACGGAAACAAACCUGAUGAUCCUGCCCACGAGCCAAUCAACGGAACCAUCAGUCUGCCCACCGAACUGGAAGAGCAAGGGAUUGGACGCUUUGAUUGGAAUGCCACACCUACCACCACCUUCAAACCAAGCAGCCCUGACCUGGCCCGGCACUACAAAUCUGCCUCCCCGCAAUCAGCAUUCCACCUCAAGGCUGACACCCCAGUCUCUGUGAAGAAGCACCAUGUGAUUCAAGAACUUCCACUGGAUAACACAUUUGUUGGGGGCUGCGACACCCUUUCCAAGAGGUCCUCCACAAGCUCAGACCACUUCAGUGCCUCAGAGUGCAGUUCCCAAGGAGGGUUCAAGACGAAGCCGCCCAUGCACACCAGACAGCAGGGAACAUUAACUCGCGCCCGCACUGAACUGAACCCCGAAUAUCUGGACCUUCGUCCCAGGGCUGAGCUCAACCCUGAAUAUUGGACCCCUUGCACACCCUUAAAGAGGCUUCCUCCUGGGGUGACAACCAUGCACACCAAUUUGAUGUAGAGUGCAGCGUAUGGUGUGAGCACUAACAGGCUGACCCCCCACCUCUUCAAUCUCUGCAGCAAUGAUGACAGCACACCGGUAACGAGUCACAUGACAUUUUGGAGGGACAAUGACAAGCAGUACUCAUUUUGAACAUUUAGGGAUGUAUGUAGUUUUUAAGGGGUGUACUCACUUUUGUUGCCAGGGGUUUGGAUACUAAUGGCUAUAUUUAGAGUUAUUUUGAGGGGAAAAUAAAUUAACUCUAUCAUAUAAGAUGCACACAGACUACUUUUCAUUGUGUCACAGUGUCAUUUUGUCACUGUUGUCCCAUGAAAAGAUUAAUUUAAUUAUCUGCAGAAAUGUGAGUGGACUUUUCAUUGUGUCACAGUGUCAUUUUGUCACUGUUGUCCAAUGAAAAUAUUAAUUUAAAUAUCUGCAGAAAUGUGAGUGGUAUACUCACUUUUGUGAUACACUUUAUAUUCUUUUGUCCACAAACUUUUCUUUUUGGUUUGGUUUUCUUGUUGGUUUGUUCGUUUAUCUUCUUUCCUUCUCUCUACUUGCUACAUGCCUGAUUGAUACAGCUGUAAUAACCAUUGAAGGAUGGUCACAGCUUUUUUAUCUUCCUCUUGACUUAUAUAUACAACUGGGAGCUGUAAAGGCUACCAUGUGAGAACCAAAUGCAAUAAAGUAUUCUUCGAGCGUUUAUAUUUUCUAACAUUCUCAGUGAGAAGGAACAGUAUGUAGGGAAAAGCGAUCAUGAAAAAUUGGUCUUGUAUUCCUUGUGAAUCACUCGGGACUUUGAAGAGCUUUAGAGUUUUGUAUUACUGAUGUUUUCCUUCAAACAGUAAAGUGCAUGGAUUAUAGGGUGAAAAAACAUAAAUGACAGACGCAUCAACAUGUUGAGAAAUACCCACUGCCGUUUGAACGCUGGUCAUCGGAGAAUAUACAGUGGAACACAUUGUUCCUUUGUUCUUGCUGGUUUCAUCAUAUGUAAUCACACACCAGUAUCUUCAGUCCCACACUGUAAACACUUUAUUGUGUUCCUUUUGUUUAUUUGUUUUCCAUUCUGUUUUCCACAGUAUCAACUGAGGCUGAGCUACUUUUUGCUGUACUGUACAACUGUGUAUACACUCUACUUGACACAUUGGGCUCUAUUGUUUUCAGAUGAUGUGUAAAUGUAGUGUAUUUUCAUUAAAUUGCAUACCACAUUGCAAAUAUUUUGGAUUUUGGUAGACCAGUCAGUGCCGAAACAGGCAUCCUGGCACAAGUGACAAUUUUGUGGAUAGAAGACUCACUUUUAUCAUCAGCAGACACAUCAGCAGACACUGGCGUGAAUCCACCAAUGAAUUUUUAGAGUAUUUGGCCGUGUUUUUUUUUUUUGUUUGUUUGUUUCCUUGUAGUAAAACAAAACCUGCACUCUUAAAUGAUAGUGAAUUUUCACACAAAAUCCAAUCAUUGAAACCGGAAUGAAGUCAUUGACCAAAUGUUUACAAAAUCAAAUACUGUAUAUCCUACAUUCAGUUCUUGUGUGCCCAAAAAUAAACCAACUUGGGAAUUGGCAGAAACAAACAACCAAACAUUCAAACUCACCUACGAACAGUGUUCAAUUAACCCAGUACUUCCCAAAUAGUGGGGCAGGCCCCCCUGGGGGGGCACAAGGUGAUGUCCAGGGGGGGUGCAAGUGACUUCGGGAAACAUAAUUUUUUUGCCGUAAUAGAAUAAUGUGUAAUUGCACACCCACUCAGUGGGUGGCAGUGGCGCUCUGAUUUUCAGAGUGUGCGCAGCAAUUUAGAACCAAUCGAGCACACAGCAACGAGUAUGGAGAAAUGAAAAGCUUAGACGAGGAAAUAUGACGAUGCAUAUGUAGCAUUUGGCUUCACUUUUAAUACAGUGGGGGACGAGGAAAGACCUGUAUGCUUCCUGUUUAAUGUUGGCAGCGGGCAGCAUGAUGCCAGAUCAAUUAAGAUGUUACUUAGACUACAUUAGACUCCAAUCACAUUGAUAAGCCACUUGAUUUUUCUCAGCAAAAAAGUGCCGAAUAUUGCUGGCAAUCUUCCCUCUUUAUGAGUGUUACAUCAGCAAACCAGCAAGCACUGUUAGCAUCAUAUAAAGUGGCAUACCAAGUUUCUCAGUGUAAAAUUACCCCAGACCAUAGCAAAGGAGCUAAUACUGCCUGCAGCAAAAAUAAACUGUCCAAUGACACUGUCGUUUAUGUUUUAUUUUUUUUCGGUCAAAUUGUUUAGCAUUUUGUACUCUGAGAUAAUGUAAAUAAUCAAUUUGAAUUUAUUAUUAAUUAGUGAUUCUAUUAAAUUUUAUUUUUCACUAUCAAAUGGUCAAAAAUUGUACUUUGAAUAUAUGUGUAUGUGACUUUUUUAAUUCAGGCAAAUUGAUGCGAUUUGUGUUUUCUGUUAAAAACAAAACCAAUGUUAAUAAAGUUAUACUUUAUUGUAAGUUGAUCUAUAUUAUUUUUUUCUUUUAAUGUUAACAAGGACACAAUGUUAUGCAAAGGUGUACUUAUAAUAAUUUUAUAGACAAAUGAUACUGUUUACAGUGACGGCAGAGAGUUGGGGGGGCGCGAAAUGUUUAUAUCUUCCUGAGGGGAGCGUAAUACAAAAUAGUUUAGAAGCACUGAAUUAACCUAGCAUGCAUGCUUUUGAGAUUUUUGAGGAAAUUUGGAGUAAGCCCUUGCAGACAUUUGAAGAACAUGCAAACUCCCUCAGAGAAAAGCCGGAAUCCAGGAUUGAUCAGAACUGUGCGGCAAUUCGGUAGACUGUGCUGUCACUGUGCAGGUUAUAAAUUGAUAAAACCCACAUGAUUCAUCUGUUUACAUAAUUGCUAUAGGUAGGGAAAACGGCCAGUUUGUAUUUGUAUUUAAAAAAAAAAAUCCUGAAUCUGAAUAAUUACUGCACUAACUUACAUUACUAAUUUACAUAACUGACACUAAUAUGAAACAAAAGUUUUCUAAUCCUAUUUGUUAUAGUACGUAUGCAAAGAAGCAUCACAAUUGUUUAACACGUCCCAGACGACUAGAGCAUGGGGGUCAUUCGGCACAGGUGCUCACAUCCUGUGUGCGUUAACAAUUAUAGUCCUCAAAUAUAUUCUUUGUUGUACUUUAUCUUGGUGAAAGCAAUUCGCAUGCAGUUUUGAAAAGUUUGCUAUUUCAAUUAAAAAAUGCAUAUUGAAGGUAAUGCACUGAAGGUCAUUAUUUUAUUAAAGAUUAUUAUGUAUUUUAUCUAUUUGCAAGCAGCCUGCUUUCUAAAAACGCUAGUCAGAAGGGUUUUGUAUUUUGCUCCUUAAUUCUUACAUUUCAAUGAAUAAUGGAGAAGACUUUUAGAGUGAAGGUGCAUCAUGCACUUCUGAAGCCCAUGGUUUCCAAUUAGGAGUGUGGAUUGGUGCCAGAGCACAUGUUUUUUCCAUUGUAUUUGUUGGCCCUUUUGAGACAUACCCUCCUGAAGAAUUAAUGAGACCAGCAAACAAAGCAGUACUUGCCAGAGAUAUUUCAUGCUGCCUUCACAAGUUUGCUACUAUGCAGCAAGAGAUUGUCACAUCGCAUGCCCGUACGCAGCUGGUUCUCUAAAUGGCUGAGGGAGCAGCAUCCAUUUAUAUCUGCAACAUAUUUCUAACUGCUUUGGUACGUGAUAUCACCGACUACUUCUUGUAGUUUGCCAUCAAUGUAAAAAUAUUUAAGCACUGAACCUUGUAAAUUGACUGAUUUCUCAUUCUAUAUACACUUUAACAAUAGAGUACUCCAUUUUGAAAUACUGUAACUUCAUCUUCUUACAAAGAAAAAAGUCCAGUACUGUACUGUACUGUUAAGUGCCCUUCGGCAAGGCACUAAACCCUAAUUUGCCGCCAAUGGGUUGGCAGCGCCUUGCAUGACAGCAGCACCAUUGGUGUCUGAAUAUGUGUCUGAAAGGGUAAAUGUGUGCUAAUGUAAAGCGCUUUGGGCAUUGUAACAAUGUACAUUAAUGUGCUAUAAUAGUACUCUCCAUGUACCAUAUCAAGAGACAAACAAACAAAAAAAAAAAGACACAUUCUUUGGAUAGGGGCUGCGAGAUCAGUAUUUAAAGCCACCCUUUACAUCUUCUCCCAUCCUUUUGUUACCAAAGAAGAAAAUACGAAAGUUAUUUGAAUAUAUAUUUUGAAUAUAUGCACACAUUUUUUAAGCAUCUAUAGACACCCACAGUUCCUGCAAGCCUCAAGUGCAUACUACCAAAAAGGUGGCAUAAAAUCUAUCGUGACAAAGCCUGAGAAAAUAGAGAUGUUUUUUUUUUUUUUUUUUUUUUAAAUUUUGCUAAAUGUUUAUGGACCCCAUGCCAAGAUGUUACUUUAGUCUUCAAACUACAUCCGUAUUGCAUUAUUUGACGUUUAUUUCCUGUUGUUUUUGUUUGCAUAUUGUAUGAUACCGCCUGUUGUCCAACCCAGUACAACACUGUCCCCAUUAAAAGCAUUUGUGUGUUCCUAUGAGUGGUAAAAUAAAAUAUUAAAACCAUCAAAAUAUCAUUUAACCAUUGAAGGGAAGCAUUCAAAAACAGCUCUGAUACAGAAAAAUAGUGAGCUGUUAGUUAAUUCCAGUUAUUAUGUUUUUUCAAUUACUGUAGCUUAGCAAGAUCUUGCUAUGGUGUGUGUGAAUAUAAAAUUCAUCAAAACAAUAACAUUACAGUUUGGCUCUUAUACAUGUACUGUUAUUAAUAGGCUGGUGAUUGUCAGACAUGCACUGUGAAACACUUUUCAUAGAGGCAAUAAGACAAUUAAUAUGCUCUCUGAGGCAAGUAAAUGGGCUGCACAAGUAAAUGCUGACACUCAAAGCCAUAUACAAUUUCGCUCUUCAUCUAAUAACAUUGGAAGACAUUGAACCCAUUGUAAAAUGUCACCAUUGUUUAUUAAAGCUCGUCUUAAAGCUGUAAUGGUUCCAAUUACAGUGAUGAUUGUUUCAAAAAAAGCCUGUAAAUUAUGGACCACAAUUGGUCUUGUUUUAUCGCUACUACAAUAACAAACACUAGGAAUAGUGAUAGUUGGCUGUAAAGCACGGCAACAGCUUAGCCAAGCAACAUAUUCUCUGUGUGAAUAUUAGUAGGUUCAGCUUCCCCAUCUUCAUGCGAAAGCUAUUCACUGUCCUUGGGCAUCCAACAGAGGUCAGCUUUUAAAGCUUUUUCUGUUUUACCUCUCUUAUUCCUUGGCUGUCUUGUUCAAAGGCCUGUACUCGUUCAGCAACCAUGGCAAGGAAAAUAACCGAAUCGCUUUGGUAGGUCGACAAAUUACACAACAUGUCAUGUUGGUGGUGUCGCAGGUAGCAGGGCCCAUGGGAGGUUUACUGGCUUUAAUUACAUUUCUCUUGCUGGCCAUUGAAGAGAAAGGAAUUAAAUGGGACUGUUUUCUUAAUUAGCUCUCACUCCGUGGGUAACCGUCCUGGCUUUCCAAAUGAAAAAGUGCAUUGAUGCGUACAGUCUGUGGUGCAUCCAGUCACGCUUAUGCAGUAAACAAUAGCGCUUGGGAGCAUAUGUGUGAUGUAUUAGUGGAUUCAAGCUUGGACGAUGGACUCUCAGAAUGAGCUUUG